GUUCUGGCAGCACGCGCACAUACAGACACUCAAUGCACCGUUAUAAGCUGCAUGCGUUCAUAACGCGUGUGCGCACUUGUGGAGAGGAGAUGUCUGGCGCUGGAUCAGCGGAAAGCGCGCACAAACGCUCCUAACGGGAGUCGCUCAGAUUUUUAGGAAGUCCUCUCUAUAUCAUGGUCGUGCAGCCGUGAUCCGUGGGGUUCUGCAGCCGGGAACCAUGUUCACCCGGCACAGUCCGAGAUUCGCGCUUCUGCCCGCGGUCUGUGCGCAUUUUGUGUCCGUAUUGACGGUCUGCUGCGCCGGGAGUCUCUUUCCAAGAGCUGCCUAUCCGAGUCAACACGGCACACUAAACACGCUGGGAUAUUAUGACAUCAUAGAACCACGCCUGCUCAUUGGAGGACAGCAGCGACCAAUUAGUCUCCUGAAGUCACUGGGUCAUCCUGUAUCACUGAAGGUGCUUAUUGAAGUGGAUGGAGAACAACUGCUGCUUGGUUUAAAGAAAAAUGAAGGUCUGUUUGCUAGUCACUACAAAGAAACACACUAUUUGGAGGACGGAAGUGUGGUCACCACCUCACCAAACAUCACGAUUCACUGCUUCUAUCAUGGUGAGGUGGAGGGAUACCUGCGGUCGGACGUCAGUAUCAGCACCUGCACUGGACUCAGGGGACUGAUUUCACUUGAAGAUAAAGUCUAUGUAAUGGAGCCGACACAAGCGGGGAACAUCACCACACAUCGUAUAUUCAGAGGAGAACACCUUAAACUCACCCAGGGGACGUGCGGACAUGGUCACAACAUUUCAUUCCCUGCAGAUUUCUCAAAUACUACAGAAUCUGUCUUCAGCUCUCACAGCAGUCGGCAUAAACGGGACACCCAAAGCAGCACCAAGCACGUGGAGUUGAUCAUUGUUGCGGACAACCGCGAGUUUCAGAAACAAGGAAAAGACGUGGAGAAAGUGAAACAGAGACUCGCUGAAAUGGCUAACUACGUCGACAAGUUUUACAGAUCUCUGAACAUCCGUGUGGCGCUAGUGGGGCUGGAAGUUUGGAGUGACAGAGACAAAUGCUCUAUCACUCAGGAUCCGUUCACAUCACUCCACGAGUUCUUGGACUGGAGGAAACUCAAGUUACUCCCGCAGAGACCCCAUGACAACGCUCAGCUGAUUAGUGGAGUGUACUUCCAAGGUACCACCAUCGGCAUGGCUCCCAUCAUGAGCAUGUGCACUGCUGAACAGUCAGGGGGCAUUGUCAUGGAUCAUUCUGAUAACCCCCUUGGCGCUGCGGUUACUUUGGCCCAUGAGCUCGGACACAACUUUGGAAUGAACCAUGACACGCCAGAGCGGGGUUGUGGCUGCAGAGCAACUGUGGACAGAGGUGGCUGUAUUAUGACACCGUCGACUGGGUACCCCUUCCCGACGGUGUUCAGUACGUGCAGUAAGAAGGAUCUCGCAGCGAGUUUAGAGAAAGGCGUGGGUAUGUGUUUGUUCAACAUGCCAGAGGUGAAGGUACUCUACGGAGGACAGAAAUGUGGCAAUGGAUACGUCGAGGAGGGAGAGCAGUGCGAUUGUGGCGAUCUGGAGGAGUGUCUGAAUCCCUGCUGUAAUGCAACCACAUGCACUCUGAAGGAGGAGGCAGUCUGUGCACAUGGACAAUGUUGUGAAAAUUGUCAGUUGAAGCCUGCAGGUACUUCAUGUCGUGAAUCCAGUAACUCGUGUGACCUGCCGGAGUUUUGCACAGGCGCUGCCCCUCACUGCCCUGCUAAUGUUUACCUGCACGACGGACACACCUGUCAGGGUGUCGAUGGACACUGUUAUAAUGGCAUCUGCCAAACACAUGAGCAGCAGUGUAUUACUCUCUGGGGACAAGGUGCCAAGCCAGCUCCAGGAAUCUGUUUCGAGAGAGUUAAUUCGGCUGGAGAUCCGUAUGGGAAUUGUGGAAAAGAUGCAAAGGGAUUAUUUGCCAAAUGUGAAGCACGAGAUGCUAAAUGCGGGAAGAUCCAGUGUCAGGGCGGAGCCAACCGGCCAGUGAUCGGCACCAAUGCGGUCUCCAUAGAAACCAACAUCCCGUUGCAGGAGGGGGGGCGUAUCCUCUGCCGCGGGACUCAUGUUUACCUGGGAGAUGACAUGCCGGAUCCGGGCCUUGUGCUCACAGGCACUAAGUGUGGUGAAAACAUGAUGUGUAUAAACAGACAGUGUCAGAACAUCAGUGUGCUCGGAGUUUAUGAUUGCUCAGCCAAGUGUAGCGGACAUGGGGUUUGUAAUAAUAAUAAGAACUGUCACUGUGAAGUGCUCUGGGCUCCUCCGUUCUGUGAUAAAGCUGGAUUUGGAGGCAGUGUGGACAGCGGCCCAAUGAGACCAACAGAGAGUAGCAGUGUAACAGUGGGGAUCCUGGUGGCCUUUCUGUGUCUUUUAUGUGUUGGAAUUAUAGCAUGUAUUAAGAGAAAAACUCUGACCAAUCUGUUCUUCAGCAGCAAGAAGAACACCAUCAAAAAACUAAGACCUGUGGGACCCAACAGACUGAACAGUCCAGUUCACACACUUUCAACCGGUCACGCACACACCGUGUACAGAAUCUCUCCUCAACGCCAGGCUACAGCCAUAUCACAAAGUGCAAACAUAUAUAAGUCUCCUCUGCAGACAGUGGAUUCAGUGGUCCGCAGACCGCCUCAGUGCCCACUCGUCCGACCUCUCUCACCCGCUGCCGCUGACAUUUAUGCCACCUACACCCCACCGCCCUCACUCAAACUCGUCUCUACCUAGAGCCUCCCCGCCAGCACACACACCCUCACGCACUUACGCUCCAGCACCAGGAACUGGUAUCCAUGGCAUGGCCUGUCAGAACGUCUGCAAGGUUGCCAUGAUGUUGGAGAAGCCCAGUCCACCCCAGAAGCCUCUACCUGCUGAUCCAUUGGGUCGGAAUGUUCGGCUAAUGCGGAGUCCGUCCACUGUCCGACUCCCAGCUCCUAUCCCGACACCAGUCACCCCUAGACCUGGCCCUCCUCACCCACAUCUCAGCAGGCCUCCCCCUAAACAGCCGCCCACCCUGCCAAAGACUCACUAUCCAGCCGGAGUGAAGUACAGCAGCUGAGAGCAGGACAGUAGGGAUGUCGUCCCUGGAGACACUCGAUUUUUUGCACUAUGAACCUCUGCAGACACGUUAAUGUGAGGGGUAGCCAUUGACCCCCGCUCUAAACGGUGCUAUGAGUCCACACUCAGGUACAUGUCACACGUUAUUUAUGUUCAUAUUUAUUUCCAUCUGCACAGGGCACGUGUGGUCGACACUUUUUUAUUAAUGUAGCAAUCAGUGGUUCGCCCACAUUUACCUGAUUGUCCUUUUGUUGUUGUUGCCAUUGUUGUUGUUUUGACAAUAUUUUGAAAUGAUUCAAAUGUGUCAUCUGUGAAUACCAACUGCAUUACUUGGACACUCUGUUCGGGCUAAACUGGAUUGAAAAUCAGAUUUAAAUGGAAGCAUGAAUUGGGAGUUACACUUUGCAAAUGGACGUUGUGAUUGAGAUUAAAUUGUUUAACGUUGAAUUAAAUGUUUGCGCGAUUGAUAACAUCAUCACAAAGAUCUCAUAUACUGUAUGAUGUCAUACUGUAUGGUAUGUUAUAAGGGCUUUUUAAUGUACUAUUAUUUAAUACUUAUUUUUACUGUAUAUUUCAAACAUACAUAUACUAUAUUUUAGUGAUAUAUAAGGGAUGUUGAAUGUCCAUCAAUGAACGUGCAGUAAAUUAAAAUACGGGUGAAUCUCAAGGAAACUUGUUUAGGUCAUAUUUGACCCCAAAAUGUGCCAUUUUUAGGACUAUUAAAGGGGUAGUUCUCCUAAACAAUUAGAUUCUGUCAUUCCGUAACCCAUAAGACUUUCUUCUUGUGAACACAAAAGAAAUGUUAAAUGUUAGUCUCAGUCACCAUUCACUCUUAUCCCAUUUUGUUCUAUUCAUUGAAGUGAAUGGUGACUGAUGUUAAGUCAUUCCUAUCGUUUCAUUCGUAGAAGCCAUUUAUAUCAAAGCUUGUAAGGAAAAUACAAGGCAGUUGCAUAGCAGUCUAGUUCUGUUAAAUCUUUCUUAACCACACUUGUUCACAUGGGGAAUGUCUUUCUUCUCUUGGACACAUAAUGAAAGAAUGACCUAAUAAAAAGCGGCCAAACCUACGUUCAUGUAGCCAUGUGUUGACACAUAGAGCAUUAGAGCUUGUUUGUGGCUAACGAAGAGAAACCAGAUGAAUCCCUCUCCAUCACCAACGAUAUCUCAUAUCAAUAUUCUCAUAAUCCUCUUUGGUCUCGCUCAAACACAUUGUGGUUAGUGGGAUUGUACGUUGGGAAUAUGACCAUGGGAGUUAUGCCAGGAUAAAUAUAACAGUGCUUCAGGAAUAGAUCUACACACAUGUCCUAAAUGCUUCAUCAUGGAAAUGCAGAAUUUAAAAAUAGCCGUGGUUUAGUGGAGUAAUUAUAGUCAUGUAUUAGUUGUGCCACCAGGAACCAAAAUUAGCACUCGCCAGGCACCAAAUGUGAGACUAACUUUAGUAGGAUCUGAAAUAUUUUAUACGGUCUAAAUUUGAUUAAGAGUAAUAAAGAUAGCGACCUGGUCUCAUAGAUAUGGGUUACUAUGGCAACAUUUUUGCUAAAUGAUUUUUAAAUGGCUCGUUGUAUGCAAUGUGGAAGUUUCCUGUUGAAAUCAAGCAUGCCGCACAAGCCCUCAAAAGUGAAGCCAAAACGUCUCGAUCGCCCCCCGGUGACUGGUCCUAGUAUAGGUCAUAAACCCCGCCUCCCCAUGUUAUUCAACGGGACGUGAGACCAACUAAACAAUUAAAUUACACUUCACAUAUCUUUUUUCCAAAGAUAGUUUCUGUCAUUUACUGUAGUUUCUAUCACGUUGAUGUCAUUUCAAGUGUUUGUUUUCAAAAUAAGUUUAUUUUUAGUUAUUUGAUGCUAUAAAAACGGUGCUGUGACAUCAUGAUUGACAGCUGUGAUUGACAUGUUCUCUGAGCGAAGUCACUGAAGCACCAACUGACUUUUUUUUCGGGAUCUUCGGAGGACUGAGGAGAUUGGAGCUUUAAAUGUAAUAUCUACAUUUCUAUAAUUAAUUAUUUCACACCGUCUUAAGUCAAAAGUCAAAAGUGCAGGGGCGUGUGCUUCCGAUUGAUUCAGAGAGAGUGAGGGCGGGGCCUUGAUUUCGCGGCUUUACUUCCUGCUCACUACUGCGCAGGUCUGGUCCCGAAAUCGCAACUGUGCAGACUCAAGUCCCAAGAUGUCAGCGCCAUAUCGGGACACUGGCGGCUUCAGUUCUCACCAAUGGAAAAGAGAGAAGGGGCGUCGGCCAUCUUUUUUUACAGUCUAUGGUUGAAAUGAACACUAAAUGCGCUAUAACAACAAUUCUAUACAGUUCUAUACAGUUGCCAUUUUGCAAAAGGUAAUUAGGAGAUCAGGCUUUAUCUCAGUAUUCACAGAUACAUUCAAUUCCAUUUUCUCAAUUCAACUCAAUUCUAAUCAUUCACACUUUUGUGUUUGUCGCCACUGAGCCAUUUACCAUCUCAAACGGGGUUUUUGGCCAUGUAGGCCUGUAUAAUGGACACAUUUUUAUGAGCUGUUACUCACAGUGCCAUUAUAUCUCAGUGUUAAAAUGGUGAAAUCAUCUUCAUUCACUGUAUUAGCAAACGUCUUUGAUGUUCUGCUGCCUUUGCACAGUGUUAAACCACACGGUGCAUUACAGAGACUGUUCAAAUCUAGACUCAUAAUCACAUGUUUCUAGGUUAACUGCCUUGCUCGUUUUAUGCACAGUUAUAAUUUACAAUAGUCAUGUUGUAUCCACACUCAUGCAAUGUUUUACAUAUUCUGUUCAACGUCUGUGUCACAGGUGUAAACUAGGCUUUUUUUAUAUCAGUCUUUUAUUAAUCAAGAAAUGUGAACCUGUACGUUUGAUGUCUGAACACACAUAUAACGGGCAGCAUUAGUAAAGUUAUUAUGA